UUUCUUUGUUUAAAGCAUUUUGUUAGGAAGUGAUGUACAAUUUUAUAUGUUGAUUUAGAUUGUUACGAAAUUCUAAAAAUAAUUUCAUCGUAUCCAUCACCUGCGGUGAUUGAGUAGCUCAAUUUUGAUGCAUUUUUUUCAUGCGUAGAAGAAAAAUAGUUGUAUAACAAUCGGUCGACUGAAAAAAAAAACGAGAAAAAGUUUCAAUCUCUGAAACACUGACAAAUGACAAUUAUUCUAGGUUGUUUUCUUUUCCCUCCUUUCCUCGUGCAACGUGUAAGUGCGCUUACGACUUGAUUUAUUACAAAAAUUGAUUAAAUUUUAAUCGGCAAAAUGUAAUCAUAAAUUGUGUCGUAAGAAACAAAUAAAUAAAUUUCAAGUGAAAACAUCGCAUUUUGCUAAAAGUUCAAAGGUAUUAAUAAACAUUUAAAAUAAUAUAAACUGUGUCUAUUCGAAAAAUAUUGUCAUCAUCCUCACACCUCACCCUAUGUUGGAGAAAAAAAAAAUUGAAAUUGUGUGAAAAUCUAAAUAUAAAUUCCGACGUAUCCCGAAGUGAUUCGACGAAUGCAUGGAUGUUUCAAAUAUUUCAUUCAGUUCGAAAAUAAACACACAAAAAGCCAAAACUUAUUACCGAAAACCCAAAAGUGUUAGAAAGAACAUUCGCUCUUUUCGACGAGAAGAAAAAUAAUUCCAUUCAGUUCUCGUACGUGCGCCGCUGAAGAUUGUUUCAUUCGUUACCGCUUGUGUAAUACGUGCGCCUAAUACAUUUUUUAUAGACACUUAUUUUUUUAUUUUAAAUUGUUUCAACUUUUGGUUUGUUCAAAAUGGCGGAGAUCCCAGAAUCCGUGAAAAAAUGUGCUGCCAUGCUGAAAGGCUCAAAGACCGAUACGGAAAAGUUUGCCGCAUUAUUUAUGGUCACAAAAUUGGUGAAGGGCAAAGAUUGUAAUCCACCUGCCAAAAAGCUCCUAUUCGAGGCUAUUGGAUUUGGGUUUCUUAAAAAACUAUUAAACUCAAAAGACUUGCCAAAUGAUUGUCCACCAUUGGUAUACAAGAGUGUUGCCUUAUCGAUUUUAACCUGUUUCUGUCAAGAAGAAGAAUUAGCAACACACAAGGAUAUGAUCGAUGCUAUACCCACUUUACUCGAAAUUGUAGAAACUGCCGACGAUGAUGAUUAUGAUGAUAAUUUGAUUGUGGUUAGUGAAGCAUACAGCUGUUUGAAGAGCAUUGCCACUUACGAAUCAGGACAGAAUGCAUUGCUCUCAAUUGGAGCGAUACCUAAAAUGUCGCAAAUCUAUUCGCAACAAAGUUUCCAGACUGAUGAAGCCUUACAUUUAAUUGUUAUGUUGACAAGUAAAUUUGGGCCAGCUUCGUGGACCGACGACCCAAAACCCUUCCAUGCCUUAAUUCAAAGGAUCGCCCUUGACAUGGAAACCGACCAUAGUGACAGAAAAUUCGAACUAUGCAAAAUUCUGUCCUCAAUUCUCACUACUUGCCGACGAGAAAUUAUUGUCAACACUCUGGUUGGAGAAAUUUGGCCAGAAAGCGUGUUCAAAGGUUGCAGUGAUAUUCUGAAAAGCAAAAUUGGACCAAAACAAAGGGAUCCAACUCUGCAUCUGAUAGCAACAACUUUGCAAGUUCUCGGUAUUCAAUGGGCUUUCAUGGAUGACUCAAAGCAGUUCUUCUUGUUGCUUUUGCAGUUGGCCGCUAUCGAAGUUCGUAUGCAGAUGGACGAAAAAAAACUUGAGACUACCUUCAAAAAUGCCGAACUCAUUACAGCCUGUUUCAUAAUUUUGGAGCUGUGCAUCGAGCAUAUGGCUGGUGAUGAAAUCGACCUGGAACCCAAGGAAAAGCAGACUACUUACACCGCUCUGAAAGGUGCUUUUAACCAAGUUCUCGCUGUGCUAACACGCGUAUCCAACGACAAAAUUAAGGAUAACAUGAAUCCACGCGACAGGGCAUUCAUCUGUGCCAUUGUGCGCAUAUUAUCUGCGUGGCUUGCACAGGAAACCACAGCAAUGCGCCCUGCAAUCUACAAAAUUUUGCCUUUCAUGUUCAAAUUGUCCAACGAAACUUUCUACGACCUCAGAGCACACCGCAAGGAGAACAAAGAAGGCGAGCCACCAGUCGAUAUACUGCGUGUAAUGUUACCUGCACUCUGUCAUUUGGCUGUAGAAGACGAUGCUAGAAAAAUCAUGUUCACCACCAAACAAGAUGCAGUUUUUCUCGAGGCUAUUGAAUUCUAUUAUUCGAUUUCGAACUACAAAAAACCACCGAUUCCAAGAGCAGAACGUCUAAAGCGCAUGAACGAACCAGACCCAGUGCCAACGCCCAAACAAGUCGAAGAAAUGAAAGAUGCUCGCACAGCUGUUGUUAGUUUGUGCAACAUUUUGAUGAAUCUUACUGUACUGGAACCAAAAAUUGUCGAGGAGAGCCCUGUGUUUGCUAAUCUGCUCAAGUUCGUGUACGAUAACUUGCCCGAACUUAAGGACACCCCUGAUAACCUUGUGAUGCACGGCCAUUUGGCUGUUCUCGGACUAUUGCUUCUCAAACAACAAUCGAGCAAGGUUAAGCAAAAUGAUUUCUCUAUAUGCAGAUAUAUUCAAGCUACAAUACGUUUCCUUUGGGAUGCAUACAACAUUGAUGAAUCUAAUGACCCAACAGCUCUGGUCGUUUCUAUCGCUUACAAGGAACAUUGGAUGGAGAUUUCUGAAUUAUGGUUCCUCGGUAUGCAGACAAUGUGCGGUGUGCUGCCACUAAUCCCAUGGAUUUCCGAGUUUGCCGUCGAGAGUGGCUGGGCUGAGGGAAUUGUACAAACAUUGAAAAAAGUCAAGAUUGGUACUUUGCCUCCGAAUGUUAAAUCAGCAUAUGAAGACUUUCUCAGUCAAUUGGUUGACGCUAAUCCCAGUGUAGUAGCAGUUCUUAAAAAAGCCGAUGCCCUACGUGUCUGCCGCAACCACAGAAUGAUGGACUUGGGCAAAAAACUCUUUGGAGAUUAAAAUUAUUCUUAAACUUAAUUUUCUUAAAAUGAUCUUUCGAACAAUGAAUAAAAACAAAAAUAAAAACUAGACUUUCUAAAAGAUUUUAUAAAUAAAACAUACAAAUAAAAUAAUAAAAAUUAAAAUUCUAAGAAA